AUGUCUGACGAAACCUCGCCGCCAGGAACCCAGUCUUGCCCCCCACCUGAGCUGCCUCAACUCGUUGCGGAACAGCAUGUCCCCAUCCCUUCUCAUGACAAGGACACUCAACGAUUGAUUGUCAUUCUUUCCAAUGCCAGUCUUGAGACCUACCGGGCCUCAAGUGGUCGAGCUGGUGCCAAGGAUGAGAAGUAUUCGUUGCUGAACAGUGAUGAGCACAUUGGUAUUAUGCGAAAGAUGAAUCGGGAUAUCAGUGAAGCUCGUCCGGAUAUUACCCACCAGUGUCUCCUCACCCUCCUUGAUUCUCCCGUCAACAAGGCCGGUCGCCUUCAAAUCUUCAUCCAUACCGCCAAGGGAGUCCUGAUUGAAGUUAACCCCUCCGUCCGUAUUCCUCGAACUUUCAAGCGAUUUGCUGGUCUGAUGGUCCAGUUGCUUCACCGUCUGUCCAUCCGUUCCACCAACUCCCAGGAGAAGCUGUUGAAGGUGAUCAAGAACCCGAUCACCGAUCACCUGCCUCCCAACUGCCGCAAGGUCACCAUGAGUUUCGAUGCCCCGGUUGUGCGUACCAAGGAUUACGUUGAGUCAUUGGGACCCAAGGAGAGCAUCGCCAUUUUUGUCGGUGCGAUGGCCAAGGGACAUGAUGACUUUGCCGAUUCGUUCAAGGAUGAUACCAUCAGUAUCAGUAACUACAGUCUUUCCGCCAGUGUGGCCUGUAGUAAGUUCUGCCACGCAGCCGAGGAGGUGUGGGACAUCCUUUGA